GGCAGGCAGUGAAGUAAUUUCCGGUUCAGGGACUCAAGGCAGAAGUCACUCGAAAGGGAUUAGCUAGCAGCUGAUACACUUUUGUUUGAGUUUUAGUAAAUGAGCUACAUUAAGCGCUGGUGAUACUUCGAGGUAAUAGAGCCAAAACAACCCCCACUGCCAUGGCAAUCCUGUUUGCGGUGGUGGCUCGUGGGACCACCAUUCUGGCGAAGCAUGCCUGGUGCGGCGGGAACUUCCUGGAAGUCACAGAGCAGAUUUUGGCCAAAAUUCCUUCAGAGAACAACAAACUGACCUACAGCCACGGCAGCUAUCUUUUUCAUUACAUCUGCCACGACAGAAUCAUAUACUUAUGCAUCACUGAUGAUGACUUUGAGAGAUCACGGGCGUUCAGCUUCCUCAGCGAAGUCAAGAAGCGUUUCCAGACAACAUACGGAUCCAGAGCUCAGACUGCUCUCCCCUACGCCAUGAACAGUGAGUUCUCCUCUACACUAGCAGCUCAGAUGAAACAUCACUCAGACCCUCGGGGAUCAGAUCGUGUCACAGACACUCAGAUGCAAGUUGAUGACCUGAAGGGCAUCAUGGUCCGCAACAUUGACCUGGUGGCUCAGAGGGGAGAGAAGCUGGAGCUUCUGAUUGACAAGACAGAAAAUCUGGUUGAUGCAUCAGUCACGUUUAAAACCACGAGUCGUAACCUCGCCCGGGCCAUGUGUAUGAAGAACCUCAAGCUGACACUUGUUAUUGUGCUGGUGUGUGUGGUGGUCAUUUACAUCAUCGUCUCGGCUGCCUGUGGAGGCCUCAGCUGGCCUUCGUGUGUCAAGAAAUGAGAGAGGUCAGAUAAAAGAGGGAGAGGGGCAGAAGUGCCUGUUCAGCUUUGGACAAAAACAAAUGCAGGACCUUUUUUUUUCUUUUCCUCUUUCAACAUAAUUGGAAAACCUGUGUUUCUUCUUCCUGCCUCCUUCCCCUCCUUCUUAAAAAAAAGGAAAUUUGAAAAAGAAAAGCCAGCACAAUUCUUUGCCUUCAGGACCGCCAACCUUACGAACAGCUUCCACAUAACCUGAAACUGAUGUGGAGGAAGACAUCUUGUUUUUUGUUCAUCCUGUGACAUGUACCUGUUGGCCUGAUGAGUCUGUGAUAAUUGUCUGUAAAUAGUCUGAUCAGACUGAUGAAUAUUACAAAGUUAAACUUGUUAUUGUUCUGAUUUACUCUCCAGUGUGUCUGUAGCAUUCAUGUUGUGCUGCAGGUCCAUCAGGAAAACCUCACAUCAUGUUGUCUGUUGUACAGCUUAAAGCUAACAUUUGGACUCAGCUGAUGCAGUAUAAAUAUUUUCUGAACUACUUUUACCACAUACCUUCUAAAAUAAAUGUUAUAAAAGAGCUCAUAUGAAAUAUAAAUAUUGCACAUUUGAUUAAUAUUGCUGAUAUUUAAUGGUUAUCUUAAAGUAAUUCUGAUUUGCGAAAGAACUUGACCUUUUCCUGGCUGUGAAUGUGAUAAAAGGCUUCCUUCUGACUUUUUAUUACCUCUUGAGAUGUUCAUUGUGCUCAUUUCUUUUCUUUUUGUUAACACAAUGCACUUUUCAAAUUGUACAUAAAUGUGUUUACUGGCAUCAUUUAUUACACAUGUUGAUGUAAUUAUUGUUGUAAAUUCAGAUUUAAAUAAAGUCAAGUGGCAUCGAGCAGGUGAUUUAUACCAGGAAGACAAAA